AUGGCUUUAUCUUCAACAAUUCCAUGGGGUUAUUUAGAACCAAUUAAUAAUAUAUAUCCUCGUGGAAUUUUAACAAAAUCAUCAUAUAUAAUUGGACGUCAUCCAACUGAAUGUGAUAUUGUAUUAGAUUCAAAUGAUCUUCGACAACAUGAAUAUUUUAUUCAUUUAAGUUCGAAACAUUUUAUAAUCGAAUAUAUAAAUAAUAAUAAUCGAUCAAUAGUUUUUCGAGAUGUUAGUAGAAAUGGUUGUUAUAUUGAUGGUGAACUUGUUCAUAAUUCAAAAAUUUCGUUUCAAAAUAAUGAACAUAUUAUUUCACUUGCUUUAAAAGAAAAUCGUGCAUAUAGAUUUAUUCAUUUAUCAGGUUUAUUUGGUGUUAUUGAUCUUGAUGAACGAUAUUUAAAAGCUAAUUUACUUGGUUCAGGUUCAUUUGCAGAUGUUUAUAAAGCUAUAUCAUAUGUAACACAAACAUAUCAUGCAAUAAAAAUUAUAAAUAAAGAUCAAUGUGAAAAACAAAUUGGUCCUGGCUUUUCAAAAUAUCUUUAUCGAGAAGUAUCUAUUCAUGGUAGUGUUGAUCAUCCAUGUAUACUUCGUCGCUUUAAUGUUUAUCAUGAAAAAUCAGAUCUAUUUGUUGAAAUGGAAUAUGCUAGUGGUGGUUCAUUAUUUGAUCGUAUACAUAAAACAUAUAUUAUGACAGAAGAUGAAUGUAAAUUUAUUUUUUAUCAAAUUGCUUGUGCACUUACAUAUUUACAUCGAAUUAAAAUAGUUCAUCGUGAUAUAAAACCAGCUAAUGUUCUUCUUAUGUCAAAUGAAAGAGAAACAAUUGCAAAAUUAAGUGAUUUUGGUGUAGCGAAAUAUAUUUAUGCAUCAUCAAGAUAUUUAAAUACAACUAUUGCUGGUACACAACAAUUUAUGGCACCCGAAGUACAAUUUCAAACAGGACAUUCAACAAAUGCUGAUGUUUGGUCGUUCGGUAUGACUCUAUUGAAUGCUUUUGUUGGAGAUACUAUUUUUCGUCUACGAGGUAUUCGUGCAUUGAAUUCAAUAUCACAUACAAAAAGAGAUCUUAAAGAAAUUCUUAUAAAAACAUUAGAAAAGAAUACAUUUGCUCGACCAGAUAUGAAUCAAUUAUUUCGUUAUACAUGGUUUCGUGAUAGUGUAUGUUUUGAACGAAUUCAAAAACUUAUACAUUCACAAACAGGAAAAUAUUUAAAUUUACCUUAUGAAAGAUUAUUAGUUGUUGGUGUUGUUUUUACCACACCACCACAGACAAUAAAUGGUAGCAGAGGAUUCUAUACGAAAUAUGAUAAAAAACCAGAUCAAUUAUCAAUUCGUUAUUUUACUCCAUUAAAACAUGCAGAUGUUCAACCGAUUGUUUUCCAUGAUGUGCAUGGACCGGAACUAGAAUUAUUUUGUCAAAAUAAAGUUGUUUUUAGAAAAAUACGACCUUAUUUAUUUAUUGAUCUACCAAUGGUACCCGAUGAUGAAUUUUAUAUACGAAUUUUAUCUAUUGAUCCUAACUAUCGAACACCAGGAAUUCUUGGUUUUACCAAUGCUCAUCGAUCGGUGUUUGUUGAAGACUUUAAUAAACUACCAGCUGGUGAUCUAAUAGCAUUAUAUGAUCGUAAAGAAUUUUGGAUUCUAAAUGAAGAUGCAUUCGAUGAAAGAUUAAAUGAACUUGAUGAAUAUUGUUUCGUAUAUGAUAAAAGUGGUGAAAUUCAUAUGUGGCGUAAUAAUGAAUCAACCUCUCCAACCAAAACUGUAGCAUAUGCUGAUGCAAGUCAAAAAUUUUAUCCAUUUUUUUUCCUUAAUGGUCGUAUUACAGCUCUCUCUUUAUUUGGUUUGAUUUCACUUACAAAAACAAUAAAUCAACCAUUGCCAGAGAAAGAGAAAGAUGAUAAUGCAGGCUUAUGCCAACUUUGUUGUGAUCGAUCAACGAACUGUGUGUUGAUUCCAUGUGGUCAUGUCUUCUUUUGUUUUGAUUGUAAAGAUCUAUUUGAGAAACAAUCAGCAAAAAAAUGUUGUCUAAAUUGUCGAAAAGAAUAUACAAACAUCUUUGAAAUCGAAGAUGAUUAA